GCUCAGUGCAGGUGUAAAGAAGAGGAAGAGGAAGAAAGAAAAGGUCAAAAGAAGGAGGAGGAGGACUGGAGGAGGAAUAUCUGGUCAAAAGAAGAAGAAGAAGAGGAGAGGAUGGCGGCGGCGCGGCUCACCUCCAGGAUAUCCCAGCUAUCCCUCUAUACUUUGUCUAGUGUACAACCUCACCCUGGGUCACUAGCUCUCCUAGCAGCAUCGCCCACCAUAUCAACUCCAGCCCUGGCACCACUUGUCAGGUCCUGCCACGUGUACAGAGACCCCAACUACAAGUAUUUCAAGCCAUUCUUUGGCUCCAAGAAGAAACAUUAUACAGAAAAGUUCAAACGGGAUCGGAAAUUAAAGUUCAUCAAAGUUGACUUACCAGACCCCAAUGAAAAGUUUGAUACUGAUACCAUGACACCAGAGGAGAUGAGAGCCAAGAUGAAGGAGAAGGGCAUCAAGCCAGUGCGACCGUGGCAGGAGCGUCCCAUUUAUGUGAGCAGCACCACCUCCACCUUUGAGCCCUACGUGCCUCCGGAGGGUGACGGGAAGGUCUCCACACUCUCUGCUGCGGGAGCCAAGCAAACAGUCCAGUUUUUGGAGAAGAAAGGCAAGUCCAUGAUGUCGGUGAGGAAAAUCAGGCAGUUUGAUGACGAGUUUGACCCCAAGCUGUUUACAGAGGAGGCACAGGAGAUUUAUAUUGCCACUCACAAGGCUUUAGCAGCGGAGGACACAGACAAGCUACAUGAGUGUGUGACAGAGCGAGCCUUCCCACUGGUCACCCAUGAGACUAAGUGCAAGACCAUGCGCUGGCAGUUUUUGGGGUCACUGGAGCCACCAAGAGUAGUUCAUGUCCGCUGCACAAGUAUCAUCACCAAGGAAAAUAUCUUUGCCCAAGUCACUGUCCGCUUCCACAACAAGCAGACCUUGGCAGUGUAUGACCGUUUUGGACGCCUGCUGCAUGGUUCGGAGGUGGUGGCGCGAGAUGUCCUGGAAUAUGUUGUGUUUGAGAAGCAUGUGGCCAACACCUACGGCUUGUGGCGCAUUCAUGACAAGAUAAUUCCCGAAUGGAUGCCACCAAGACAGCCCACCCACAGAACCUAUAAACUACAGGAGGUGGAGGAAGAGGAACUGCCUCCACUCUAUGAUGAUACACUUCAGGAUGCGACUGCAGAACCAGAGAACGAAAAGGAGAAACCUCCUGUUGCUCUUGCUUAGUUUGUUUUUGCCAUAUUAAUAAUACAAGACCUUUAUGCCACAUUAUGGCAAGACUGUUCUCUCAAAACAAUGGAUGGCUUACUGCUAUAUCUAUUACAAAUUCUUGGAAUAUUAAACAUCUUAUCCUUAAUGUCAAGAAAAAAUGUCAACUACACUGGAAAAUUGUUGUUAAAUAAUCGCCAUGAUGAAAUGAAUAGACUUAUUAAAGUCAUUUGCUGUGGUAAUGUUCUUAACCCGGUAGCAGCAGGGAUCAUGUUUCUUAAUGGUCCCUCUAAGCGAGAAAAAGAAGAAAAAAUCAUCACU